CAGACCAGAGCAGCACAGGGAAUAGAGAGCCCCAAGUCCAGGGCAGAUAUGACGACCCGGUUAGGAUUUGUGCUGUUGGCCAUGUGCAUCUCUGGAAGCGUUGGGCAGUGCCCCCACUCGUGUAUAUGUACAGCCAUUGAGUGGAAAGGGUUAACAGUUAACUGCAGCUUUAGGCAACUGACCGAGGUGCCCCCCCUGCCCUAUAACACCAUCAGGCUCUUCCUGCAGAACAACAGUCUGACACGGGUCAGCGCCGGGACCUUGGAUCGACUCCUCAAUCUGCAGGAAGUGGAUAUUUCCCACAAUCCUUGGAGCUGCGACUGUGACAUCUGGUACCUGAAGGUCUGGCUGGAGUCGCAGACCCUGGUGAGGAACAGCCCCCACGUGCAAUGCUCAGCCCCCCCGUCCCUCUCCAGGACCCCCUUGUACCACUUGUCUGGAAACCAAAUGUCCGACUGUAGAACAUUGAGGCCCAUCAAGUGUCACCAGUUCUUUGUACGAGAUUUGUUCCUUAUUGGCCCUUCCCUGCUGAUCCUCCUGAUCUUCACUUGUUUCCUCAUUAUCACCAAGAGACUCGCCUGUAGGGUCGCAAUUAACUCUUCAAGGAACAUUCGUCGCUUAACCAGCGCCAAGAAUGUGCUCAAGUCAAAGUAGGACCAUGUGAAGCCCCCGAGUCAGGAAACGGCCACAUUGGCCAAUCCAUGGGGGGAGGGGAAGAACUCAAUGAGGCUCUGGUAUAGAAUCAACUUGAGUAUUUCCUCACCCUACUCUGCUAUAUAAAUCUGUAAGACAACAUGGUAUCCAGGCCUCCUGUAGGCACUGCAUGGGUUAAUGUGUCAAUAGAUUGUGGGCUCACUGGGUUAUCCCCAAUUAUUCCCCAAUCAGUCUGUGCGGGGGUUACAAGUGGCCAGCUGGCGAUAUUGUGAGUAAAAACUGCAAAUAAAGGAAAUAUAAAUCUACA